UGCAUGCUACCUGAGCGUAUUUUUAGCAUGUUAUGUUGUGUUUUGUUGCCUUAUGGGGAAUUUUGUGUUCAGUUGCAACAUUCGUGUUACCGCGAUUAGACAUUUAUUGAAAAGUUUUACAAUCAGUACGUACGUAUAUGUACAUGUGCUUUAGAUGACAUUUUCGCUGCGCCAAUUUGGAACCGUAUACGGAUAUCGGAUGCGUUGAAAAGUCUGCACUAUGGAUUUAAAAAUACGCUUCGAAAAUCAUUGUUAUUUUUUGAGUGAUAAUUAAUGAAGGAUUAACAGCAAGUGUAUUUAACCGUUAUUCAAAGUGGUGUGAAUAAUCAAUAUUUCUAUUUCAAUAGAAAAGGACAAGAUAUUAGUGAUAUAAAACUCAUCACUACAAGUGCUGAAGCUCAUCACUACAAGAAGCUGAUAGUCGAAUUGCACAAUCACAAUCAUCGAACUUCAUAUAAUCGAACAAUUUCAUCGGUUGACAACACAAAAACAACGGUUGAGAAAAUCCAAUACGAAAAUAGAAGUUGGCCAUUGUGGAAAAUGAUAUAUAAAGAGUGACACUUACACCGGAGUGGAUGAUAUGACAGGGAGAAGAAAAAAAAGUCAAUUAAAUCGUGAAAGUGUCAAACUACUGCAUAAAAGUUAGAGUGAUUCCCAAGACAAAAAGUUUCACGCUACUGACAUUGACGUCGAGAAGUGAAGCGAAGUGUCAGUGAUUGGUUUCUGGGCAAAUAUUGCCAAUAUAAGCAAUUCAAAAUUUACUCACCCACGCAUUUUGACGCCGCUAAGGCGUUGAAGUUAGAAGACGAGUUUGCUGGCGGUUGCAUGACUAUGUCUAUGUAUCCGUCAGCAGAUAAAAUGAAAAUGAGCACCCCCACUUGUUUUCCCAGUCGAUACAGUCCUACCUAUCGAGGACCAGAUCAGAUGCGACGAUGCAUGACCAAUCCUUCGAGUCGAUUUCUAGAAGAUGCAUCAAUAAUGUGCAAUUCGUGGUCUCCUAGGCACAAUGGCGAUAUCUUCUCCGGGUUGAACGACGGUAUCCUUAGUAGAGCCGAAGCUCUGGCUGCAGUGGAUAUUGGAAAGCACCAGAGCAGUCACCCACACUCGCAAAUGACAUCGCAACUGAAGCAUGACGUUAUGUACCACCACAGCAUGAGUGCUCCACCACAAAGACCGCUACAGAACAAACCGUUUUCUUUCCAGAUGCACCACACCAUGGACAGCAUUGAUAUGCUGGAUCCAUCAGGCUCAAUGACAACCUUGACACCAAUGUCCGACGCACCCAUAACUUCCACACAUCACCAACUACACGGGUCGUAUCAUAGUAUGAACCACAUGAUGGGACAUCACCAUAGCGGUCCACUCGGAGGUCAUACGCCGGAUGGAUUCCUAGGAGCGCAUCAUCCCGCCAUGGCAGUAGCUGUAGCGACGGCUGGCUUACAUCCUGAUACGGACACUGAUCCACGUGAACUCGAAGCAUUUGCGGAGCGAUUUAAACAAAGAAGGAUAAAAUUAGAAGGUGUAACACAAGCCGACGUGGGGAAAGCACUGGCGAACCUAAAGCUGCCUGGCGUUGGAGCACUGUCGCAAAGCACGAUAUGCCGCUUCGAAAGUCUAACCCUGUCACACAAUAAUAUGAUCGCGCUCAAACCAAUACUGCAAGCGUGGCUGGAGGAAGCAGAAGCACAAGCAAAAAACAAGCGAAGGGAUCCAGAUGCCCCCAGUGUCCUGCCGGCCGGAGAGAAGAAAAGCCUUUUUUCAAGAAAAAGGACUUCCAUUGCUGCACCGGAGAAGCGUUCCCUCGAGGCCUACUUUGCCGUCCAACCGCGUCCAUCGGGCGAGAAAAUUGCUGCAAUAGCGGAAAAGCUCGACCUCAAGAAGAACGUCGUGCGUGUAUGGUUCUGCAACCAGCGACAAAAGCAAAAGCGUAUGAAGUUCGCAGCCCAGCACUGACCACCGCACCAGAGUUCUCAGUUUAGUGGCUUAGUGAAUAGUGUAGCAUCUUUAGGAAGCAAUGGAGGUGUGACGGGGUUCGGUUAUUAAUUGAUGCAAAACAUUUCACUCAUAUGAUGAUAGCAAGGGAACCAAUAAAUUAAAAUUAGGCGCCUAAUAACAAUAUUUGUACAUUGAAUCUAUGAAUACAAAUUGAAGGUUUAGAAUUAAGUAGAUGCUAGUGAUACUAUUAAAGCAAAUGAAAUACGAAAUUGUGAUUUCGGACUUGAAAGCUUGAGUACUAACAAAAAGUGAGAGAACUGUGUACAGUUUGAUAAUUCUAUACUUCGAACUCUUAACCAGCGGUCCGGCAAAAAGAACUGAUCAAUUCAAAUAUGUGCAAUUUAUCAUUAAGUUUACCGGGAAGAAACAUCAAAUAAAUAGGAUUUUGAUGCCAAAAUCUUUCUAUUUCUAUGUAGGGGAGAAAUAAGUUAAUUUCUUGUAAAUAUCAAAUACAUUAUGCAAUGCAGGAACAAAUAAGCAUCGGUAAAACAUCGAAGUGAUAUAGGUGCUUUAGGCGAUUAUAUAGUCUUCUCGGACUGCCAAUUGAAAGCUCUCGUCAAACUAUUGUCACAAACGAACAAGCGUGAUUUUUGUUCAAUUAUAAUCAACCGAGGUGAUCGUUACAGAGUUACUAGCAAUUUAAAUUGAUCAAGGCGGAGCUUACAACGAUCAUGUUUGUUUGGAUGUGCUUCUAGUAUUGAGAUUUGAAAAUCUUAUCGAGGUAAUUUCGAGCGUACUUUUCACUACACAAUUGUUUGGUCAAUGAAAUAGCUACAGAUAUUCUUAUAUUAGGAUGGGAACGGUAGACAUUUUUUAUGUCAUUUGAAGCAGUCAAAUAAAAACAAAACUCUGGCAGAAGCGGGAGCAGGUGUAAUGCAGGUACAGAAAAACUGUUGGAAAAAUUUAAGACAUUUUUUUGGCGAACUGGCUUGUUCGGUGCAAGGAAUUUGACCGGAUCAAUGAAUGUUCAUUAAAUAACACUUUUAUUUAUUUAAUCAUAUUAGCUUAGCUUUUAACUUAACUUAGCUUCAGCUUUGACUCAUUAUUUAUUUAAUCAUCUUUAGUAAUAACUGUACAAGCUGGUUAAAACUUAAAUAUAUGACACAGUGGCGUAGCCACGGGGGUGGUUUUGGACAUAACCCCCCCCCCCCCAGAGACAAAAUUUUCAGAAGAAAUUUUUUUUUUCGA